GCCACAGCCUCCAGUGACAUGAAAUCGUGUCAUGUCGUGUCCCUUUGAAGACGCAGACAGUUCAGGAAAAACCAGUUUGGAGACAUUCUGUCACCCUCCCUCCUCCUUGUUUUUCUGUCCUCCUGCCUGACAGUGUCUUCAGAUGGUUUAAUUGAUUGUACUUCUGCCUGUGACUUCUACCAAGCUGGUCAUGGACUACUCUAAGUCUUUCUCAGCCCUCAACGAGAUGCUGAGACCUCGAAUCACCAGCAGUGAUCAACUCUACUCCUCUCUGAACAGACUGGAGGACAGGCAGUGGGGCUCGCUCAGGAGUCAAUCUCCAUCUUACCGACCGACGGUUAUGUCAACAGAACUAAAACCAAAGGUCUCUAUGACCACAACAGAACCAGAAGAUCCAAGGGAACUUGACGACAAUGCAGAGCAGGAGGAUUUGGUCUCUGAUGGCAUAGACGAAGGAAACUGUGUUGAUUUGCUGCCUUUUAACAACUCAUCCCUCAUCCCUGAAUUAAAUUUGAAAGAUGUGGGUGAAGAGGAGCUGGCUGACAAAGACGGCAGCACCUCACCGUCUGAGGAGAAAGACAUUCCUGGUGAGCUGAACUCAGCGGAGGCAGGUGAUUCCUCAGAGUCGGCAGCCGAUGAAGGUGGGAGCUCCUUCCAGAGGAGCUACACAGACAGGACUUUACCAGACCUGGUCAGGAGCGGCAGGCCGCUCUGCAGACGCCGGACACUGGGACACGUCUCAGAGACGCUCAAGGAAGUGCGCAGAGAGGUGGAGCUGUCUCGGAGACGAAGUAUCAGGCUUAAGGCCCAGGUGGACAAAUUGCAGGAGAGCAGAGAAGGACAGGGAUGGAGCCAAGACAGAGAGAGGACCACAGAGGAGGUCCUGUCCGUUCUGCGGCUACUGCACCCGCUGACAGACCCAGAGUCCUCCCCACCUGAACCCUCUCAUGGGGAAAACCGCCUGGACGCUGCCCUGGCCCAGCUGCAGAAUGCGGCCCGGACACUGGCAUUCAGCCAGACCAAACAGGUGAAAUCUGAAAAAAGAGCAGAGGACAGCUUUAUUCUUCAGCAGGCACUCCGAGACAGAGAUGAAGCCAUAGAGAAGAAGAAAGCGAUGGAGUCCGAGCUGCUGCGGAGUAAAACCGAGAUGAUGAUGCUGAACAACCAGCUGCUUGAGGCCGUACAGAAACGACUGGAGCUGUCGCUGGAGCUCGAGGCCUGCAAGGAGGACAUUCAGCUGAUCCUCCACCAACAGCUGCAGAUCCAGCAGCAGGCAGAGCAGGCCCAGAGGAAGCCCUCCCGAGGCAUGGGCCUCCUGAGGAGAAACAAACCACUCGUCCAGCGGCAGUCCAACACCCUUUUUUGUACAUCCAUCUCUCACACAACCAACUCAAACCAAAUCUUUAUACCCAAAUCGGCUGGUUCUGCCUCGACUCCAAGCCCGCCUCCUUCUGCCGGCACCCAACGCAACUGGAGGGACAAGCUGAGGAUGGGCAAGAGAGACCAGGAUGCUGCAGGACAGGAUUCAGAGUUUGACAGGGCCAACGAUGGCUUCCAAGUCGUAUCACUCGAUUGAAACAGUGAUGCAUUUGCACUUCGAGUACAUUCAUUCUGAUGCCAAACUCUCAUGUUUAACUAUUUAAAGUCCCCCCCACUCAAAUGUGUUUUCUUGUCACUUGGUUGUUUGAUCUUCACUGUGCAGAAUGAUGUAACUUACAGCUCCAAUGCACACACAGUGCUUAGGAAACAGAUUUUUCUUUGAAUUAGGAGACAUUUUGUGUCCAGCAUUUAGCAAGAUUUACAUAAUCAUAGAUUCUGGACUUUGUAACGAGGUAAUUGAACUUUGUUGUAGAAGAAAAAUGUUCCAAGCAGAGUAUUUUGUAUCUGUCUAAAAACAUCUUUGAUAUAUUCUUGGGAAAACGUGCUUUGUAUCUCCGACUAGUGUCACUUUACAUAUGAAACAACUGAUUAUGAAUAAGCCAUAUACAUUUUUUAACACUGUAACACUUGAAUAACUUACACUUAAUUUCCUGAAUAUUAUUGUCAUGUUGUAAAUAAAUUAAAUUCUCCUCCAAAA